GCUGUUUUGCAUCGGUUUCACCAGCGUUUUCCUCGCUGUCAUCUUCUAUCCUGAUGCUCGCUCGUGAUGAAGGCAAAAAAAAGGCCCAAGCGGAAAAGGGGCUGAAUAACACGACAAUGAGCAUGACUAAGCAGCCGCCCUUUCCCCCGGAUCUGGCCACGACGAGACGAAGACGAAGACGAAGACGAAGCAAAGAAGAAGCAAAGAAGGCGAAGAAGCCUUAUAGGAGAGACACCACCGGCCGGGCUUACUCGUACUUGUCGCUCUGACUAUUGGCGGGGAAGCACAAAGGAGGACACGUCGGCAGUUCGUCCUCGUCUUUCCUUUUACUCUCGCUUUUCUCUUUCUUCACACCGUAUGCUGUAGCGUGCCUGUGAACGGCGCUCAAUGCCAGCAGCACCUCCGACAGACCGUUGUUGAUACACUACGAAUAGCGACAAGGCGUACCGGGCUACGGCGUAUACCUCGCAGCCAUGAUGUUGGCUCACCGACCGGCGUCGCGGUUCUUCAUCCUGACUGCUCUUGCGGUCUUCUUCAUCCUCACCAUCUCCUUCUUCCGAGUCUCGCCCAUAAGCCCUGAGAAAAGGGCGCCUGGCCACCUAGUACAGCAGCAGCAGCCCAUACCGAAGGACGGCAAUGUCCCGCUGUCGCUGCUGCAGGGAGAGUCCAUCAUGCCGACCCUGGAGAAUAGCACAGCCAAGGCCGAGCUGGGACGGUCGUCGUGGCAUCUCUUCCACACGGUGAUGGCACGGUACCCCGAGAAACCGACAGGCGAAGAGCAGAGGGCAUUGAGUGCAUAUGUGUACCUCUUUGCGAGACUAUACCCAUGUGGUGACUGCGCAGCACACUUCAUCAAAUUGCUCCAGAAGUACCCCCCACAGACCUCGUCACGGAACGCCGCCGCAGGUUGGGGCUGUCUGGUACACAACGAGGUAAACCGACGGCUGAGGAAGGAUCUCUUCGACUGUACCAAGAUAGGCGACUUUUACGACUGUGGCUGCGGCGAUGACAAGGAUAAGAAGAAGGCGGAUGACCAGAAACAGAGCCAGAGCAAAGGCGGCGCAAACGAUGGCGUCAAGACGCAGGAAGACAGCACCAAACCCAGGAAGCCGAAGAAGAUGCUUUGGGGAGACGCAAACGGGCCGUUCCCUGGCGGCCCGGUGGAAAUAACGGAUGAGCCGUAAGCAUGCUUACUCUCUUCCUCUUUUUUUUUUUCUCUCUCUCUCUUCUCUCUCUGGAAGCAUCUCUCUAACCCCAAGUGAUACCCUGCAGACGCACGAAUGGUUGAUCUAAGCGCCGUGAUUAUCUCCUUUUAUAUAUAUACUAUCCCGUGUCUUCAGCAUCGCCACAGCCAUCCCGUGGACA